AUGAGCAUUUUUUAUACUCUUACAUCGGCUUUUAUGGAAAUGAAAUCAGCUUCUCAUUCUGUUACAUAUUUCAAUUUUACUGCCUAUAACUGCUCACUGGCUGUUUGUGAGAGUUCAGCUGAGCAAGAUUUUCAGCUAAGAUCCUCAGAACUAGAAAUAUGCACUGCAGAAUUGCAAUGGAAUUUCCAGUAUUGCUUCCUGAACGAACAAAACGCAUACCCAAGACUUGGUCGUCAACGCCAUGCUGGGUUUAGCUCUGCGCGAGAACUGGGAAAUUUAAUUGUGACCUCCAAUCUAAUCGACUCUGCUUUGACUAAAAUUCUUGAGCUUCAAAGAGACCAAACAGCCUUGCCUUCCCCCGUUCAAUACAGAGUUUUUUAUCCAUCUCCCAAGUGCACAAUUGUAGCUUUUGUCUCUUCACCUGACUGCACUCAAAACCCUCUUCCUGGACAAGGAGAUUUAGUUCCCUCUCCUCUCUUUGACUUCCUCUGCACCGAAGAAUACCCUUCCGUCUCCAUUAACGGAGCCGCAUUAACCCUCUUUACCUCUCUCUACGAUCAUCUCUCUGGACUAAUAGAUGAGUUGACUGUGAUUGAAGGUCGAUUAAUCAUCACUGGGCACUCGAUGGGAGGAUCCGUUGCUUCUCUCUUCACCUUAUGCCUGCUAGAAGUCAUUAAUAUAUCAAAACCCAAAUGCCGCCCCAUUUGCAUCACCUUUGGUUCACCCCUCAUAGGCGACUUUGGCCUCCAACACUCCAAUUGGAAUUCUUUCUUCUUGCAUGUAGUGUCCAACCAAGAUCUAGUCCCCGGACUCUUCCUCCCAUCCGGCAGAUCUCCUCCCACAUCCUCCCAUUCACAAACUACUGGUUACAAGCCCUUUGGGACAUAUCUCUUGUGCUCUGAACUUGGUUGUGCUUGUUUUGACAACCCUGAUUUAAUUUUGGAAUUGCUGAAAGUCAUAUCAUCAGAGGUUGCCGGAGGAUUGCGGGAUGUUGAUUACAGGAAGAUUUUAAUAAACCUCAAGGAGAGGGCAAUCUUCAAGGGACUUCAGCAGGUGGGUGAAAGGUUUGCAGAUCCCUUGUCAGCUGGGAUCGUCAUGGACCUUGAGAUAAUUGGAUUUGAUCAAACAAAGCUGUUGCGGCACAACAUUGAUAUCAACACUGUGAUAAGGAUACUGGGAGUGGAAGCCAGAAUCCUAGCCCACAAAAAUAAAGCUUCUGAUGCCAAGAAACUGAAUGACAUAAAAAUACACAUGGCCCAGCUAGAAUGGUAUAAGAAGAAAUCAAAAGAUCUGAACAAGGGUUACUACGACUGCUUCAAAAACCAGGGGUCAAAAAGGGACAUUAAAAUUGAACAGUAUAGGGGACACCUCACAAUAUACUGGAAAGACAUGGUUGCACAAGUACAGAGGAAGCCCCAGAAGGAAGGAGCAUCAUUUCGAACCAGUUGGCUCUAUCCAGGGACAACUUAUAGAAGAAUGGUUGAACCACUGGACAUUGCUGCCUUCUACAGAGAGGGUAGAACAGACUACAUAAACAAUGGAAGAUCUCCUCAUUACAAGCUGUUGCAGCAAUGGUAUGAGGAAGAUGUGAAGCCCCCAUCCAGAGAUAAGCUCGAUUCCAAGAAACUAAAGGUGUCUGGUAUCCUAACUGAGGAUUCUUUGUUUUGGGCACAUGUGGAGGAGGCUCUCUUGUCAUGCGAAUCGCUCAAGAGUGCAAACUCUACUCUUGAGCAGAGAAAAUCAUCAUGGGAUAAUCUGGUUAAGUUUGGGGAGUAUGUAAUGGAACAGAUUGGAAACUAUGCAGUGUCCCCUGAGAUUUUCUUGGGGGAAAGCAGCUUCAUGAAAUGGUGGGGAGUGUAUGAGGACUACAUAGAUGCUUCCAAUAAUUCCUAUGGGUCACCAUUGAUCAGCUUUAUGAAGAACCGUAGUUAUAGACUGUAUGGUUAGAGGGCAAUCCAGUUUGUGUAUUGUGUUUAUUGUAUUGUGAGCAUUCAAUAGAUAAAACUAGAAAGAGCGUGACCUUUUUAUGACAACUUUAGAAACCAGGGGUUAAAAGAGACAUUACAAACUGAAGUUUUUGAGAGGAAACCUCAAGAGUAUACUGGGAAGCCAUGGUGGAACAAGUAGAGAGGAAGCCUCAGAAGGAAGGAGCAAUGGUUGAACCACUUGACAUUGUUGCCUACUACAGGGAGGGUGUAAGAAACAACAUAACCGAGGGAAGAUCUGAACGUUAAACGUUGUCCAAUUAUUAUAAAUGUCUUAUACAUUACGUGUGAAAAUACCAAAAAAAAUUAUAUUCAA